CCUAAAUAGAUCGCAAUGACGUAGCUAGUCAAUCGACUAUUUACCAACGCUAGACUGUUGGCUGUACGCUACUCGAAAGUUGAACAGCAUACUUUAAUUUCAGUUUAUAAAGAAUGACCUUUGACCUACUUUAUAAGUGCUGUGCUGCAUACUAAAUAACAAUCACUUAUAUAGUCUACUCAUGUAGAUCUUUACAUAGGAUCACACCACUCUAUGUGACUUUUCAACUAUGUUAGGGCAUAACCUAAGCCCUUAUCUGUUUUGCUGAAUUGGAUUAGUGUAAAUUCUGUGAAAAUCAGACAAGAUUAUAAAGUGUUUGGAUAACCUCCCUUGUUUCGAUGAGUCUGCGCGAGUCGCUUGUAGCCAGAGAUGAGUUCAGCUAUGAACAGAGUUUAUUACAUCAUCUAGCAAUAUGGUACCGAGGUUAACAUUACAAUGACGUCAUCUAUGCAAGGCGAGAGAAGUCUAUCCUUUGCCGAGAAUGGCGAUGUUCAAAUCAAGUCUGACAUCUCACAGGAGCCCCACCAGAGCAGGAUGGACCUAUUCCGGUCCAAGUUUCUGGGAAGUGACCCUAGGUCAUGCGCAGGGAUGUGUAUGGUGGCCUUCGCGAUCCCUCUGCUUAUUCCUGGAAUUACGCUGACCGUGGUAGUCUUCGAGGAUGAAAAAGGGUUCUCAAAGUACAGCGCUCUGCACAUCAUCGGCAUGAUUCUCUUGGCUGUGGCCAUUGUGCUCAUCGUUGUUGGGCUUGUCCUGUGCAUCCACUGCAGCUCCAAGGUGUCUCCCGAUGACGUGCCUCAGAAUGUAUCAACACAUGAAAAGUCUGUGCAGAAUCUUGAUAUCUCUGACCGGUUCAACUCUAAAGGCUCGUACACUCCGCAUCUCGGCAGAGAGAUCGGGUCUUCUUCCAAAAUUCCAGUCGCCGCCAGCUAUUACGUCACUCAAGGGAACAGCACAGCUACGGAAGGUAUUGGGAAAAGUGUGGAACAUGUCGGCGUCGGUUCCUUGCCACCUUCAUUCCUUCACAGCUUACCAGCAGCGCCCGAGAUUUUGGGAGAAAUCCCAGAACCUGGGAAGAACACCCGAACUUCCGGUGUGAUGGAUUACUACUCCAGCUCUUCCGGAAGUUUAGACUCUGACAUGUCGUCUGCCUCUUACAGCAUUCAUGAAAGCUGCGAUGAAGCCGGAAAUGAGACGCCAUUAAAAAUCUCAAAAUCUAGGUCACCUCGGAUAAACCCAAAGACAUUUAAUUGGGACCUAGCUGCUUCCAUCCAGGGGAAUAUGCCUUGUCCGAUUUCUUCAGUUAAUCCGUCCAAUUUUGAUCUCAAAUCAAAGACAAUCUUUGACUGGGGGGCAAACGGUUCACCUAAUCCUGACCUUGCUGCUAACUCUACAAUCGCUCAAUUUACGGAAGACAAUAACCUCCGCGAUGCGUCCGAUGCCUUAGAAGAUGACGGUGGUCCAGCGUUGCGGCAGCGGUUGUACGCAGUAAGCGGAGACCAAUCACGCCCGACGUCCGACGCCGUCACUCAGCCUCCGAUGCGUCAUAGCGGUCAUAGUGAAGACCAGAACUCUUCAAUGUCUGAAAGUAGUUCCUCCGUCUUUCGUGUAGAUUCAAUAGUUCUAACCAAUGAAAUAAUCGUGGACAGCGUGCCGCCGCGCAAUGCUACAUUCACUUCCAACCAAGCGGAAGAAUCAACAUCUACCAGGGAGAAACAAGUCAGACAUUUAACCCACAGCUCUGCUCAGCCUCGCCGGAAGGAAGACAUGAAUAGACCCCAGUCUGACGGAUUAGUUAGGCAGGUCCAUGUUUGUGAAAGAACAAACGCAAACUCUUGGCAUGGAUACGUUUUAAGUAAGCCAACCGAGAAUAUCAUAAUAGAAUCGGAUCAUAGAAACGAGUCAUUGACGGAGAAGACUUUUAUAAAAACUACUAAAGAACUCCCUGACGAUGUGAGUGAUUCAUUGACAGAUUCUCUGCAAUGUAUAUCUUUACUUGACACGACUAGUAAAGAGACAGGAAACAAUGCCAUCGGAACUCAGGCUUCUGUCUCAGAAAGCCUUGAUGCUGGUCAUAAAAGCGCAAACAUUAAAACCCAUGAACCAAUAGUUCAUCCAGACACAACGCCGGUGAAUUUGACUAAUCAACAACCAUUUCAUAUUGACAAUGUCGGAGGCUUUAAAAUCUCCGAGUCGUCAGGAGUGAUAACUCAGGACACCGCAAACAACGAUCUCUAUACGUCAAGCCUAAGAGUGUUUUCAUCUUGAAAAUGAUAGAGUUCGACCCAAAUUUGAAGUCUUGGUGCUAAUUAUUGACGACAAACAAGUGGUCAGCUAAAGGAGGCGAAAACUCAAAGGAACGCUUGGCCCACCAAGGGAAGGCACUCACUUCAAAGUUCUAGCAGACGACCACUCUUAUAAGACACUGCAGCUCAUUCGAAUCCAAGUUGUUUAACUAUAUUCAUAGUAUUAAGCUAAUUAGUCUAGUAAUGACAAUAUUGCUUAUAUUCUCAUUGAUAUAUGAUUUUAGACUUGGGUUUUUAGAUUAAACGCUAAAAAAGUUGUUUUUUUUUUGGACAUCGAGUUUGAUCCCUUUAUAUACACAUUUAGAAGUCCCAGAAUACAAUUCAUAUUUAUGUCUAAUAACUUUUUUUUUUCAUAAUUAGACAACAUAGUCAUUAUAAAAUAGUAACCCGCGAACCUAUGGGCUGUCUUAUUUCUAAAGCCGGCACUUGUAUUCAUUUUGAAGUAUGGUCUAUAAUAUGUAAGAUAAGAUAAGAUAAGAUAGAAUGUUUUUAUUCCUGAAAGAAAUGUGUAGUUAAAGAUGACAAAGACAAAACAGUACCAGUCUUUAGUUUCGGACGUUGUCCAAGGUCAUUAGAUAUGUUAUGUGCAAUCUUAUGUCGAUAUGCAAGUCAAGUGUGUCAAUGUGUACCUCAGGUGUGUCAGUGUGUAACUCAGGUGUGUCAAUGUGUACCUCGGGUGUGCUAAGGUGUGUAAGUCUUUAAGCCAUUGAUACAAAACUAGCAUAGGCACAACAAUACAACUAUACAACAAUGGAGCUAUUUGUUGUUGACAGCUCUUGUAUUCUCUACGAUAUUAAUAGAACUGUUUCUGUAUUCGAAUUUGAUAGUGUUCAAUUACUCCUACAGUUCUACUGAUGUUACAUAUUGGAUAUUUUAUAUCCAUUCAAAAACAACUGUGUACGAUUAACAUUGGGCCCGGUACCUCAGUUGCAUAGUCUUUUGGAUUAUAUUGAGUGUGGCAUCAGAGUUGUUUAUACAAAGAAAAGAGUCAGUGUUGUUUAUACAAGGAUAGAUUCAGUGUUGUUUAUAGAAAGAAGAGAAUCAGUGUUGUUUAAAGAAAGAAGAGAGCCAGUGUUGUUUAUAGAAAGAAGAGAGCCAGUGUUGUUUACAGAAAGAAGAGAGUCAGUGUUGUUUACAGAAAGAAGAGAGUCAGUGUUGUUUAAAGAAAGAAGAGAGUCAGUGUUGUUUAAAGAAAGAAGAGAGCCAGUGUUGUUUAUAGAAAGAAGAGAGCCAGUGUUGUUUAUAGAAAGAAGAGAGUCAGUGUUGUUUAUAGAAAGAAGAGAGUCAGUGUUUUUUAAAGAAAGAAGAGAGUCAGUGUUGUUUAUAGAAAGAAGAGAGUCAGUGUUGUUUAUAAGAAGGUUGCUGUCUGUGUUUUUGAUACUGAUUGACACGUCUGUUUUAUUGUUUUGCUUUCUCUAGUUGAUACAAUUGUCUAAACCAGGCGAUUAUUGUGAUAUUAAUGAGUUUCUUUUUUACUUGCUUCUGUACUAUUCAGUUUUGUUUUCACGAGCUAGUCUACAUCCACAAAAAUUCUUUGCAAUGUUUCUAAUACUCAGGACAUUCGUCGUCACGUUUCCUUUAGUUUCUAUUUCUUCUCAAUAUUUCUGCGUUGGGAAGGGAGUGAAGGGGUGGGGUGGGGGGGGGGGGCUAGCAAGCGCUAUUUUGCGAUGUACAUAUCUCCCCAUAUCAUGGUUGAUUGAUUGAACUAAGGAAUCGAGACGCCAUUGUUUUUGGAAGCAGCUGCUGGAACUUGACUACUUUUUACCAUGUUUUUUUCUUCUCACGAUAUUUAUUUUACACAUUAAAAAUUGCGCUCAAUCUCAUAGUGAGCUACGGUUAGCAACAAUACGUAGUGAAAUAAAAUUAUAUAUAUACCA